AUGAAUAAAAAAUUAUAGUUUUUUUGGUUAUAAAAUAUUAUAGAGAAUUUAGUUGCUAUGAAGUUAGGCUAGCUGUUGUUUUUUUUUUUUUUUUUCUUGGUGGAUGUCGAUUUAGCCUUUUUAAGUUUCUGGCCUCCACUGAAACAUGGCACCUGAGGAAUUUCUCUUUUUUAUAUAAAAAUUAUUAUUAGUAUUCCUUAACCUUUUUCUUAAUGCUCCAUAUAAAGCAUUUCUACAAAAAUCAUACAAAAAAAUUACGUUACUUGAUAUAAAAAAGUAGAAAGCUUUAUUUUGAUCUUAUUUUAUUAGAUCUAAGCUUUAAAAAAGUUGGUGUUUUUAGUAGCUUGAAACUGACGGGAAACCAGUGUUCGUCAGCUUUGAGAAAUUAGGGUUUUCAGAGGUUGUACGUGAAGCUUAUGAUUGCUAUAUACAUGUACGUUUGGCGGUGUAGGCUUCAGCUCGUUUUGUGAAAAACAAAUAUAGCUGGCUUUCAUCACUGUGCUUUUCUUAAACUCCUCCGUCUUGGAUCUGGUCUCUGGGUUUGCUUUGUUUUCUUGUUUUUUCUCCUAUUUGGGGAAGGCUAAGGUUUUUGUUUGGUUGGUUGGUUCCAUGUGAAGAAAUACCAGCAGUCAUGUGUUUCAAGAAGUGAAGUUGUUCUAUUACAUUGGAUCAAUAUUGAACUUGGAAUGGAAUAUUAAGCGUGAUGAAUUAAUGGGUCGUUUUCUUCUCGAAAGCAAGCGUUGCAUGGGUACUCAAGGGGUAGGCAAAUCUUUGGCAAGGGUACAAGGCAAGGCCUCAUCAACUUGUCUAGUGACUUGAGAGCUUCCUCAAAGCGAUCCGUGUUAUCUUAGUUAAAUCGAAGUAACUGUCAUCUUGGUUAUGGAUAUGAGCAAGUUUAGACCUGAAUCGCAUGUUGCACAGCAAAGCCGUCGAGAUAAGCUGAGGGUUCAGCAAAGCUCAAAUCUGGUUCAACAUUUGGAGGACUUCCCAAACAGUUUGGAACAAGGGUCUUCUGUCCAUGUGGGGCUAAACCCAGAUCUUGUUCAAGUUCGAAAUGCUAAUUUGCAAUAUGAUCCAUCUCUUAUUUCUUCCGGAAUCAUCCAUGUCUCAACAAGCUCUAAUGUUUUACCACCUCAAAGAGAUGCAAUGCUGCAUGAAGAAUUACAAACAGCUCAACAAAACAGGCAAAUGCCUGCCGAGGAAUCCUCGUUUUCCGGUACGUCCUUGUCAAUUUUAUCCAAACUCAAUGCUUCAUCUAGGGUCUCCGGUGACCUAGAAGGUUGUGGUAACUGGAAGAGUCUUGAUUCACAGCAUAGUUGUGAUUGGAUGGUGGGUUAUGCAAGUGGAUUGACUGGUAGGGAAAGCAAUCAGAACUCUAUGUUUGUUGGGGAAGUCUUGUCAAAUAAUGCAAGGGAAAGCAACGUAUCGGCAGCCACUCAAUAUCUGAAGUCUGAUUACAGUGCCUACCAAGAUGUUCUAUCUACUCUAUCCAAUCCAGGGAGUGAAAUUUCUAGCCAAGAGAACAAAAAGCAUUAUGGGGAUUUGCAUUUUGUUUCACCUUCACUUUAUCAGAAUGCUGUCCAGGAUGUUACUACAGCUUCUAUCGGCACUCAGGGACUGGAAGUGGGUUCUCUUGCACAGCAAAAUGUCAGAGAAGCUUCCCGUGGUUCAUUGAUUGAUUACCGUGGGAAUCAAGCAAGUUCUUUGCAUUUUGAUAACACUGGUGCUUGGAUGAAUAAGCCACUAGUGGAGCAUUGUCAACAGUGGGGUGGUGAAUUGGGGUUUUUGGCAGUCAAGAGUAGCCAAGAACUGAGGGCUGGUGCGAGUGAUGCUACUGCUCAAGGCCUAUCUUUAUCUCUUUCAUCGAAUCCCACUCCAAAAAUUUGUGGUGCAGCUCAAUUCACGGAGGAUCAAUAUGGUUCUGAUGAUUUUCACUCUAAGCCUGGAGAAUUUAAGGAACCUCAAGAUUCAAAAACUUUAAAGCCUGGUUAUUUUUAUUCGAUGCAGAAACCAUCUGUAACUAGUAAAAGUAGUGGAAAACCCCUUCAAGACUCGGGUGGAACUUCAACUUACCUUCAGCGACAUACAGGCCCCCUUGGCCCAUUUACUGGAUAUGCAACUAUUCUAAAGAAUUCAAGAUUUUUGAAGCCAGCACAAGAACUAUUGGAUGAAUUCUGUCAUAUGAACAACUCAAAGCUUGUUAAAGUUUGUGAAACAUCCGAAGGGAUCUCCGGAGAGGUCAGUGCUUCAGCCUCAGCUGAUGCUGCCAAUGCAGUUGAUAUGGAAGCUGGAGCUAAUAAGGGAAAUAAUUCAGGGGCCUCGUCCUCUACCUUUUACAGUUCUAACGAAAUUAGAGUUGAUGUUGGCAUUGGGAGCUGCUCUGGUGAACCUUGUAGGCCUGAGUACCAACAAAAGAAGGCCAAGCUUUUAUAUCUGCAGGAGGAGGUUUGCAGAAGAUACAAGCUAUAUCAUCAGCAGAUGCAAAUGGUGGUUUCUUCUUUUGAAUCCGUAGCUGGUCUUAGCACUGCCACCCCCUACAUUUCCUUGGCUCUCAAGACAGUAGCAAGAAACUUCCGGUGCCUAAGGAAUGCUAUCACAAACCAGAUCAGGCACGUAUCUAGAGCCCUGGGGGAGGACUUAUUGUCCCCAACUACCGGUACUAGCAGUGGCAAAGGUGAUAUAAAUAUGUCUAGGCUAAAGUAUGUGGGUCAGAAAUCUGGUGGGGUUAACAUGGGCUUCCUUGAACCCCAACAACAUGGCUGGAGGCCCCAGAGAGGACUACCAGAACGAUCAGUGGCUAUUCUCAGAGCUUGGCUCUUUGAGCAUUUUCUUCAUCCGUACCCCACGGACACAGAUAAGCACAUGUUGGCCACUCAAACUGGUCUUUCUCGAAAUCAGGUGUCUAACUGGUUUAUAAAUGCACGAGUUAGGGUUUGGAAACCAAUGGUGGAAGAAAUACACAUGCUUGAAAGCAAAGGCUUGGCAGAAGGCAAUCAGAACUUGGGCAAAACUGAUGGAAAAUCUACUAGUGAAGGAGGUACCAGUCGGCCUAAUGAAGACCAAUCUAUCAACAGGCCAUGUAUAAACGCAAUGUCUGACAAGCAAUUGGCUUGCUCUAAUAUGCUUGUCGCUGGCAUUGCAGGAGAUGUACAUGAUGUAGAACACUGGAAUCAUCAGAAACAUUCAAGGAUGGAUUUCCGCAUCCCAACAAGCAUGGAGGGUUCAUUGAUGGGUUUUUCACCGUAUCAGCAAAGCAGAAUUGAGAUGGGAGGGCUUGGAAAUGUGUCACUGACUUUGGGACUUAGGCAUGGUGUAGAAACUGCACAACAGCAUCAGCAACAAUACCAACCGCAGGACGAUCAACUUCGGCAGCAAUUUGGAGGUCAAAUGAUUCAUGACUUUGCCGGAUGAGCUUAUAUUGGUCUUACAGUAAAGCUGAAAUGAGUAAGCGAUGAGCUAGCUGUUCCUUGUCACAAUUUUCCUAAAUUUGGCAAAAAAAAAUCCUGCUGAUACAUGUUAGCAGGUGACCUUGACAGUUUUGGUUGGUCAUGCUAAAUGUUAAAAUGUAGCAGAUGGCAACAUGCAUUACUUGGGCCGUUUAUUGCGCUUGAAAUCCACAUCGUCUAUCUAAUAAUUGAUGGUGACAAAAAAUUCAAAUAUAAUAAUGCAACAUAUAUAUCUGGGCUGUUGUGCUUCAAUGCCCAAAUAUGCAGGUUCGCUUAUAUUAAAAUGACCCAUAAUCGAAGUUCUUGAUUGUGCAAAAAGAUCCAGUUAAUGUAUUGUCAGCCCAUGAACGUGUUAAGGCCAGGCUAACCCAAAGCAUGAAAACGAUUAAGAAACCAGCCUUAAAUCUCUUUCAUGGCCUUUUCGAUACACAUUUGGUCAUUUCGU